AUGGCGGGAUCUACAGCGAAUGAAGAAGUUCUCCGGAAAAGGAAUCGAAAACCAGUACCAUGGGAACCGUACAAGGGCGCUACUAAAAAUUCAGAAAAGCUACUGGCAAACGAAGUUCCUAUCGAGCCGGUGAAAUUAGUGAAGUAUCCAAUCAGUACUGAUUUACCAGAGAGCUGUCGAAUAGGCACUAAUAUCGAAGUGGAAAACGAAUUCGAUUUGAAUAUUGGAAAAAAGAAGCAAGUUCCAUCAGCGAGAGUGGUAAAGGUAAGAUAUUUUCUCCCAUUUUUCUGUAUUUAGGUUAUUCAUCAUUGAUAAUACCAACUCUUUAUUCAAAAUUUAUUUUAUAUCCAAACAAGGGCAUUAUUGUGCAGAAUUGAUAGCUUCUGGGCCAAAUCCGGCUUCGCGUUUGCCGUAGUAACCGUACCCAUACCCGUAGUAGGGGUAGCCAUAUCCGUAGUAUCCUCCAUAGUAAUAUUGAGCCGAGCCUUGUUCAACAACAAAUGCAACCAAGAACAAGACCAAAAGGCAGAUAGCGAAGGUGGAUCGGGAAAGAGCCAUUUUGAGUUGAUUUGGGAAAUAACCUGCGUCGAUUUAUAUAUCAAGUCAAAGUUUACUCGGUAACCUGUAAUUUGUUUGUUCAGUGGUUGAUUUGUGUGUAUUUUUUGGGUUAUCCUGACGGAACGUUUGCGUUGCUGCAUACCGGGGCGUUUACAAACAAAUUUCGGUUUGAUUCGGUUAUGUUUAAAAUAAUUUUUUUUUAUUAUUUUACAGUCCAACUUUAUUAUUUUUAGCCGGAGCCGCCAAAGCCCCCUCCAGACGACAAAGAAGUUGCAUUAUUGCGGAAAGAACUCCAGAUCCAACGGGAUAUCAAUAAAGAACUCAAAACAUUAUUAGUCCAAAGCCUCUCCGAAGAUGUUCAUUGUCAAAUCACGUCAUUGGCCGAGGAUAAGGUCCGAUUGGCCAAAAACAUUGAUUCCUAUCACUUCCGUGCCAGCUCUGAGGCCGAGACGAGAGAGAAUUUGGCGUUGGAAAACCAGUUAUGGCGGAGUAAAUUUCUGGCAAUGGCGAUUCGAGCGGAUGAUUUGACUUAUAGUCUUCAUCAAUCGUUGAGAAUGGUCAAAAAUGGUGAGAAUUUAUGUAAAAACUUGUUAAAAAUUUAGGAUACGGUUUUUGGAUCGAAAGUAGAGAUUUUUUUAAAAUUUUUUUUAUCGUAAAGUAUUUUAUAAUAAAAUUUUUCCAGCUCAACACACAAUCUCUGAGAUCCUCCCUUCCGUCCCAUCACUUACCGAGUCCCUAAAACGAACAAUUUCCGAGCUCCUUUCCAUCGAUGUCGUCAAUUUAUACAACAAAUCCCCUUGUGAUGAAAGUCGAAUGGCCGCGAUUAAAAAAUGCCCUACGAAUUUGACCAUCAGCUGUUGUAAACGGUGUCAUGGGAAGGAGAUUAAAUUAUUGUAG